AUGGUUCGCUUAGCGGUUUACGGUGGAAUUAGUACUUUCCUGACACUUUCAAUCAUUGCAGCCGCAUUUCGUCAAAGACCUAAUUUUUAUGCAGCAUGUAUAUAUUUAUCGAAAUCAAGCGCUUGCAUUAUGAUCUUGAUGAACAUGGGUUUUUUCCUUACAAUAGUUUUAGGUAAAAUACUUCAGACAAUAUUUUUCGGUCGUUUACGUGCUGUUGAAAUAGAGCACUUAUACGAAAGGGCAUGGUAUGCUUUCACAGAAACAUGCUUAGCUAUGACAAUAUUCCGAGAUGAAUUCAAUACUAGUUUCGUUGUAACAUUCACAAUUUUAUUGUUUCUAAAAAUAUUUCAUUGGCUAUGUCAAGAUCGGGUAGAAUUUAUGGAACAAUCACCAGCCGUACCAAUAUCAUUUCACAUACGGAUGAUUUCGUUAAUGGAAAUAUUGGGUAUAGUCGACCUAAUUUUGGCAUCAUAUGCCAUUAAUAUAGCAAUGCAUAAUGAGCCCAAUAUGAUGAUCAUGUUUGCAUUUGAAUAUUCCAUUCUUACCGCAACAAUAUUAUCCACUAUUGCUAAGUAUAUAUUAAAUGUAAUUGAUAUGAGACGUGAAGAACAAUGGGAAAAUAAAUCAAUUUAUGUCUUUUAUUUGGAAUUGGUGACUGAUUUUAUUAAAUUGAUAGUUUAUCUUAUCUUUUUCGCUAUAAUUCUCGUAUUCUACGGAAUAGCAUUACAUAUCAUACGUGAUUUAUAUGUAACGCUUCGAUCAUUUCUCCAGAAGUGUGGCGAUUUAGUUAGAUAUCGUCGCGCUACUAGAAAUAUGAAUGAACGUUAUCCUAGUGCGACUAACGAAGAACUUGAAAGAUUAAGUGACCGUACAUGUAUUAUUUGUCGGGAGGAAAUGAUAGCCGCCGCCGCCGCCAAUAAUAAUAAUGCAAAUAACAAUAAUGAUGCAGAACCACAACGAAAUAACAAUGCAGAUAGGCGUCAAGGAAGUAAUAAUAACAUGGGGGAUGUACCAAAAAAAUUACCUUGUGGGCAUAUUUUCCAUUUUCAUUGUUUAAGAAGUUGGUUAGAAAGACAACAGAGCUGUCCAACUUGGUAA